AUGUCUACCCCAACUCCUCUAGUCUUGGAACUAGCAACUAUUGAAGAUCUCCCUGCCAUUACAGAGCUAUGGUUCACCGUAUUCAACGACCCCGGCAUGCGCCAACUAAUCCCUGACACACCAGGGGCGCGUGAUUGGUUCACCGCAGCCAAUCGCACCGACAUGCUCACAAAACCCUAUCAGAAAUACCUCAAAGUCAUCGACCCCGACACAAAGGAUGCACAGGGGCAGGCACGGAUAGUCGCAUAUGCGAAAUGGGACCUGGCCAUGCCCGACGAGCGCGGGGCUCGGUUCCCGCCUUGGCACGGGGACAUGCCUGGUCAGGAUUGUGAUGCUUUCUUUGGGGGGCUGGAGAAGAACCGUAGGCGUGUGAUGGGUGAUAAGAAGCAUUACUACCUUGAUAUGCUCGGUACGCAUCCCGACUACCGCUGUCGCGGGGCAGGCUCUAUGCUUGUUCGCUGGGGUUGCGAAAUUGCGGACCGUGAGGGUGUUGGGGCGUAUAUUGAUGCUAGUAAGGCUGGUGUCCCGUUGUAUGCGAAGCAUGGGUUUAUGGACCACAGUGACCCCGCUGUACUGAGUGAGGUUGCCCCGAUGGCUCGAGGAUAG